AUGGAAAAAUCUUUGGGAGAAGAUCGAGUUAACAGUAAAGGCCUAGGAGGACGUCGUAUAUGGGAUGCAAAUAGUUCACUCUAUGAUACGUUUGAGCUCCACUCCUUCAGACGUCAACUUGAUGCAGCCAUUAUCUCUUCUGCAAGGUCUCAAUCCAUGCCUCAUUUAUCCAGCGACCAUCGUCGGCUUCUUCAACAACAACAAGCAAAGUCCACUAAAACAACGACAGCAGUUUCGAAAAAAUCUAAAAUUUUCAGAUCUCUAAACAAAUUUCUCAGAUCAUUUUUGAGACAUAAGGCUAAUUCAGUUAAAGUGAAUAAAUUCGAUGCGGCUGCUGAAUGUGCUGAUCACUUUGGUCAUGAGUUAUCAACGAUCCAUGAGUAUCCAGAGUGGGGUUUUAAUAAAGGAUUUCCAUUCGAAGAAUCUGAUGAUGAUUCCAACUUUAAAAUCGCAAAGAAAGUUUCCGAUGAUUCGAUUAUCUUCAACAAGUCCAAGUUUGACGAAGACUUUAUAAUUGUGAAGAAAUUACCGUCUGAUCGGCUUACGUCCACAAGUGCAAUUGGUAUUUCCUUGAUGUAG